AUGCUGAAACAACAAGUGGAUGAAGUGAAGCGACUUUGGAGUUUGAUGGCAUUUACAAUGGGUGAGUCACCUGUUGUUGUUGUGUUAAGUGGAAGUAUGGAACCUGCAUUUCAACGAGGUGAUAUUUUGUACCUUGACAAUAAUAAACAACAGCUUGAAAUUGGUGAUAUUGUCGUGUAUAAAGUCAAAGGUCGAGACAUUCCGAUCGUUCAUCGUUUACUUGAACUACAUGAGCGUGCAUCAGAUGGAAAGCAUGUGUAUCUAACAAAAGGUGACAAUAACAAUGUGGACGACCGUGGAUUGUACGCAUUUGGUCAAUUGUGGCUUGAACGUGAAGACAUCAUUGGUGUUGCUCGAGCUUCAAUCCCCUAUGUUGGCAUGCUCACAAUUCUACUUAACGAUUAUCCAAUGCUCAAGUACCUAAUGGUAGGUGGCAUGGCCGUUUUAGUCCUCACUCAACGAGAAUAA